UAUCGUAGAUCAAACAGACCAAACUAUGGGCAUUUUUUCCCCAAUACAUUUAAAGGACAGACAUCGGUCUGUCUAGACCACGCCCCCUGUAGUGCUCUUGACUGUGAUUGGUUCAUGAGACACCGUUAAAUAGGCAUAAGGUGUCGAGGAAAGGAGCACGGUGGAGAAGUUUAACUUUCACUCACUCCCUCUCUCAAUCUUUCUCUCUCUGUCUCUCUCUCUCUCUCUCUCUUUCUUUCUCACCUGUUUGUUACGUACCCCUACUACCUAACCUAUCCUAACCUGUUGUCAUUUUUAAUGUCGCGUAACCGCGUGCGUUAAGUGCAACAGGUAUUGCGGUGACAGUUGUGGAUUUUGAAGAGCGCGCACGUGAUGAAGAUGAUGAGUGUCAGUCACUGGCUCGUGAUGCUUGCGCUGCUUGAGUGCGGGGCGCGCGCUGACGCUCGGAGGUUUCGGGGAGGUCGGAACCCGCAACCGCGACGCCCGCAGCCGUCCACCCCUCACCGGGAGCGAGCGGAGACCACCGAGAGCUUCUCACUGGACUUCACGGCCGUGGAGGAGAACAUGGACAGUUUCAUGAGUCAGGUGAAGAACCUCGCGCAGUCUCUGUACCCGUGCUCGGCACAGAAGCUCGAGCACGACAUGAAGCUUCAUCACCUGGACAACACAUCCGUCACGUGCAACGACGGGAGCGCGGCCGGGUAUUAUCUAAAGGAGUCGAAAGGAAGCAGAAGAUGGUUGAUAUUUCUGGAAGGUGGCUGGUACUGUUUUAACAAAGAGAACUGUGACAGUCGAUAUGAGACCAUGAGGAGACUUAUGAGCUCUUCCAAAUGGCCACAAACCAAGACUGGUACAGGAAUUCUGUCUUCACUUCCAGAGGAAAAUCCACACUGGUGGAACGCCAACAUGGUGUUUAUCCCGUAUUGCUCGAGUGAUGUCUGGAGUGGAGCCUCACCAAAAACAGAUCAAAAUGGCUAUGCGUUCAUGGGCUCACUCAUCAUAAAGGAAGUCAUCAAAGAGCUGCUGAGCAAAGGUCUGGACGGUGCCAAGAUACUGCUGUUAGCCGGAAGCAGUGCAGGCGGCACUGGAGUUUUGCUGAAUGUGGACCCAGUUUCGGAGCUUCUGGAAGAGUUGGGUCACACGAGUAUCCAAGUGAGGGGUCUGUCGGACUCCGGUUGGUUCUUGGACAACAAACAGUAUCGUUGUACAGACUGUGUGGAUGCCAUCAGCUGUGCUCCUACAGAGGUCAUCAAGAGAGGAAUCAAAUACUGGGGUGGUGUCGUACCCGAGCGCUGCCGACAGGCUUACGAAGGAAAAGAAUGGAAUUGCUUUUUUGGAUAUAAAGUUUACCCGACCAUUAAACGUCCUGUGUUUAUAGUGCAGUGGUUGUUUGAUGAAGCUCAGCUAACAGUGGACAACAUUCAUCUGACCGGUCAGCCCGUCCAGGAAGGACAGUGGCGUUAUAUUCAGAAUUUAGGAAUUGAGUUGAGGAGCACUUUGAAGGAUGUGCCUGCCAUGUUUGCCCCGGCCUGUCUUUCACAUGAAUUCAUAACAAGAAGUUACUGGACAGACGUUCAGGUUAAAGGCACAUCUUUACCCCGAGCUCUCCACUGCUGGGAUCGCAGCUUACACGACAGCAGCAGAAACAAAUCUCCACCCAAAGGCUGUCCUGUGUACUUGAUCGACAGCUGCCCGUGGCCUCACUGCAAUCCCACGUGCCCGACCAUCCGAGAUCAGUCCACGGGCCAGGAGAUGAACGUCAUUCAGUUCCUCAUGCACAUGGGCUUUGACGUACAGAAGAUGGCCCAUCAACAGGGCAUGGACCCGAGUAAGCUACUGGGCAUGCUCAACAGCGGCAGCUAAAUCCCAUAGAGAAACUUCUCAUUGUUCUUUCCCAUCAGUCCGUUUGAUACCUCCUUGAGCCCCUUUACCAGCCAAAAAAACUGAGCUGGCCGUCCCUCACCCAGAGCUCUGUGUCGACGGGACUACCUUGACUCCGACCCGUGUAGCUGAUGUAGAUCUCAAUACGGAGAUUUGGAACGGGACCCUGUAUCUAAUCCACAUGAGGUAAAUGAAUGGGCUGCUGACUGUUGAACACAACAGAAGGACAAAAUAUCCAAGACACCUGCAUCAUUGCUCUUAAUUUAUCUUUAGUUU